AUGGCUCCGGCAGCAUGGUGCCUCGGGGGAGUGAAGUUGGAGAGGCUAGAGUCGACGGAGAUGAAGAAGUCGAUAGGGGUGCAUAAGAUACGUAAGGAUAUGGAGGAUAGAGAUAUUGAUUUGAAUGUGCCGUACAUGGAGGAGAAGCAAGAGCAGGAACAGGAGUCGACGUCGGUGUCGGCGUCCGUGUCGGCGUCGAGCACCUCGGCGGGCACGGAUGGCAAGAGUUGUAGAGUACCGUGUGACGAGGUUCAUUACAGAGGCGUCUCAGGGAGGGAGGAGGAGGUGGCGUAUAGGGGUGUGCGACAUCGGCCUGAGCUUAAUAAGUGGGUGACGGAAAUUAGGCCCACGGCGCAGAAGCGGAAGAUUUGGUUGGGGACGUACAAAACGGCGGAGGAGGCAGCGCGGGCCUACGAUGUUGGAAUCUUUUACACUGGCAAGAAGAUACCAUUGAAUUUCCCCGAUUCAAUGGAAAAUCUCCCCGAGUUGCCUUGCGGUAGUUGGGAGGAGAUUGCUCCUUUUGUCAAGAAGCAAGCCGUCUCUGCCGCGAAGCGUCACAGAGGGUUAUAA